AUGUCUGGGCGGAAAAAACACUCGACACCGAAAGGAACAGUUCUAGUUCCCCUCUACGUGUAUCCCUCUCCAGGAGCGUGGGACCCUUUGCUCACUGCGAUCACAAACCAUCCGCGCCUCAAAUUUACCGUGGUAAUCAAUCCUGCUAGCGGGCCAGGUGUGGAACAAGGACCUGACAGCAACUAUACGAGAGAGAUCCCAAAGCUCAACAAGCACGCUAAUGUGCGCACCGUUGGUUAUGUCUCAACAAGCUAUACCAAUCGAAACAUCUCACUGGCAUUGCGGGAUAUUGAAACAUACUCGGCUUGGUCCGAGAACUCUACCAUUGCCGGACUAGGCAUGCAGGGCAUAUUUCUGGACGAGACGCCUUCCCAAUACCAAGCUGCCAGUGCAAUAUUCCUUGACACCCUAGCGGAUUCAAUAAUUUCCGAUACUGGGUUUGGAAAGGACCCUUUGAUAAUUCAUAAUCCGGGGACAAUCCCUGACUCAAGAUACAUGAAGUCGGCCAACCUCACCGUCGUUUUCGAGGGGGCUUAUUCAACGUAUCAGAUGCAUGGCUUCCACAAAACCAUGACAGCGUUCCGGGAUUCGUCGAAUGCAGGUCGCGAUGCGCUUGCGUGCAUUGUGCACUCGCUGCCGUCAACGCUUGACGAAAGUGCGCUCGUCAAGGAUCUUCGGUCGUCGUGUGGCAGCGUCUUCAUCACAGGCUUAUCCGGGGAUUAUUAUGCUAGUUUCUGGGAAGGAUGGCUCGGGUUCGCUAUUGAUAUGGCAGCAUAA